AUCAAAUUUUUUAUUUGACGUCUUUUGAAGAAUUAAAUACUAAAAUGUAAUAUUUUAAUGGUAUUUGUACAUUUUCAAUAUUGUAAUACAUUAAUCAUUAAUACUGAUUAUCUAUCACGUAUAUAACUUAGAACAAUUUCAUUAAAUAUAUAGUAUUUUUAUAUCGUGUUUGAAGUGUUUUCAAAAGUAUUCAUUUAAUAAUUCGAACUAAAUUUUGUAUUUAAGAAAUAAUCAAUAAUUGUAUGACGUACAGCAUGUAAACGGUUAACUAGACAAAUGUUGUUAUGAUGUUAAUUCAGUAGAUUGAGUGAAAUUUCAAGAACUAUUGUCACUUGUACAUUUAACGACAUCAUCAUGAUAUCAACUGGUAUAUUUUUAUUAGUGGCUCUAAGUCAUACAUGCGUCUCUAUUGACAUCACAUAUCCAGUGUUUGGGUAUUAUGUUCAAGGUCAACCCGCUGCAUUUGGAGAUUUUGAUUCUGAUGAACUUACAGAUAUGUUUGUAUUAAAAGAUCAAGGUCGUUCCAUUGAAAUUAUGUUUGGUUCCAAUGUUGAACCUUUUUUAAAACCUGGUACACAAACUAAAUGCAAGUUUAAUAAACACCAAAUUACAUCGGUGGUGCCUGGAGACUUCAAUGGAGAUGCUCUUAUGGAUCUAUUAGUUACUGUAAAAAACAUAACUACAUCUGGAGCGUUUUCCAAUUGGUUCAAACCAAGUGAACAGAAUAACGAUUUAGAUGUACAUAUACUUUGGGGAGGUUUAAGUGUUUUGGCUUGCCCAAAUGAAGAUAAACCUCUUUUUACUAUUGUUGAUCAACCUUUGGUUAUUAACUAUGAUACCAAUAUGAUAGUUGAUUUAUUUGGCGUCAAAAAAAUGGCAAAUGGUACAACUCAAAGAAUGUUUUGGUUAUUCAAUUCAACUGGAAACUUUACAGAAAUGCCAAUGGAAAAUCAUGAAUCUGUACCGAUAAGAAUACCCCAAUCCCAUGGAUUUGUAGACAUAGGUGGAGAUGUAGCACCUGAUUUAUAUUUAACAGCUACAAAUGGAUAUGAAGUUUGGCUUUCUGAUUCCGAAGCUGGUGCAUUUAUUUACAAUCAAACUAUCCCAUUUCCUGACAAUUUAAAAGUUUCAAAUGUUGGUCAAACUGCGUUUAUGGAUUUACAACUUAAAGGUCGCAUGGAUCAUAUUGUGCCUGUUUGUUUUGAUUCACAAUGUACCAACAGCACUAUUUAUUUUUAUGAUUCAACUCGCUGGUAUAAUUUGGGUAUAAAUUUUCAUAAUGGUAACAGUGUUUGGGGAUUUGUACCACCAAUGCCUAAUGUACCAUACCUAGAAGCAAUCACAGUACGGCCCGGAGAUUUCAAUAUGGAUGGCUAUCCUGAUUUAUUAGGCACAUUGUGUCUUGGAGGCAAUUCAAAAAAAACAAAAGUAAUUUUAAUGGAAAAUGUUGCAUGUACAACAGGUUGUGAUGGAUUUGAUAGAACAUUUGUUGUUCGAUGGGACUUACUUCAAUCAAUGAAUGGUGACAAUUACAACGUUAUGGGAGCAUUUUAUGAUUUUUUUCAAAAUGGUAUAUUAGACGUUUUGUUGGUUAGUGGAGGUAAUGGAGAAUACAAUAUGUCAGCUUUUAAAAACAGUUUGGACUAUGAUGCAAAUUUUUUGAAAGUAAUGGUGGUUACUGGUUUGACAAAUAGCAAGUAUGAAAUGUUACCUAGUCGAUUAGGAAAAAAAUCUCGUACAUUUGGUACUAACUUGCCUGGACCAAAAGUUAGUUAUUUGACUACCACUCAAGACGGAUAUCCACGUCAAGGUAUAGCUACACAGUUACCCCAGUCUGCAUAUUAUUCUCUUUAUUUGCCUUACACAAUAUUUGGACUUGGCCGUACUCCGAACUUUGUAGAUGAACUUACUGUGUCUGUUUUAAAUGAAACCCGUUCUUGGACACAAAUUAUCCCAAAUUCCCAAAUGGUUGUAAUUCCAAAUCCAAUAAAUGAUCCAAGUAGAUGGAAUGCUAAAUUGUUUGUGACACCUAGCCGUUUAAUAUUUCAAAGUGCAGCUGCGCUUGCAGGAACAUGUUUACUUAUUUUAAUUAUAAUUGGAGUUCUGUACUUCAAAGAACGUCAAGAAGAUCGUAUUGAAAAACGCCAGGAAGCACAUAAAUUUCAUUUUGAUGCUAUGUAAAAAUAUUUGUUUGUAAAAUUAUGUUUAUGUUCUGUUACUGUGAUUAUUAUUGUAUUCCUAUUUUUAAUUAAAUAAUAAAAAAAUGCAAUAUUUCUUUAUAUUAUAUAUCUAAUUCAAAUUUUAAUUUUGUUAAAAAAUAUCAUUAUAUCUGAAUAUCUAAGUUUAGUUUAAUAAUUUCCACUAAUUAUUAAUUAAAUUUAGCAGCUGAUUCAUUAAAUAUAUAUAUAUAAAAAAAAAUGUGAACCCAGAUUAUAACAAUAUUUAAUACAAUGUAAAUCUUAAUUGAAAAACAUAAUAUAGAAAAUAAAUCAAAAAUUUUAAAAUAUAAGUAUUUUUAUUUUUUGUUCUAUAAUAUGUUAUCAACUAUUUUAAUAUUUAAAUUUUUUUUUGAAGCAAUAUAAUUGUUGUUAAAAAUAAUUCUAUAUAUAAAUAUAAAACUAUAAAUCUUUAGGAUAUAUUUUUUGUGGAAUUUAUAAAUUAUUAUUAAUUAUGAAUAAGGCUGUAACAUUGAGAUACCUAAUAUGUAGUUUGUACCACAUUUAAAAUAUUUUAAAAUUUGAUAAAUAUGUAAGUAUACUUAGCAAAAAAAAAAACAAAUUAUUGAUCAUCAAUAUCAAAAAUAACAAUGAUAUAGCCUUGAAUUAUAGAAUCGAAUAUUAUUAUGAUUAAAUUAAAAACUAUAAAGUUUUUUAUUUAUUAUUAAUAUUUUAUUUAUAUGUUUAUAUUUUAAAUUAUAAUUGUUUUUGAUAGUGAUUUAUUUAUAUGUUAAUCAUGAUAUUUUUUGCUUUUCAUUUAUCUCCAUAAUUUGUCUAUUAUAUUAUUAUAUUUCAUUUAAGUAUUACUUACUGUAAAACAAAAAAACUGGUAUAUUUAAUCACGUCUGCUUAAAGUCGAUUAAGACUAUCAAUUAUUAAUUAUUAUGUUUAGUCGCUAUAAGUACUUGAUAUCAUAGUAUGUACAUAUUAAGUAUAAAAUAUAUAUAUAUGCAUAAAAUUGUAAAAAUAAACUAAAUAUACAAUUAUUAUAUUUGUUAAAUUAUAUCAA